GAGGGAUAAUAUUGAAAAACAAAUUUAACAAAAAUUGCCAUAAUAGUAAUAUAUUAAUAAUAAUAGAGUAAAUCAUUUGUGAAAAAACCAAAACAAAACAAUUACAACGUAAAACUGCAAAAGCAAAUUACCAACGUUUUGGACAGCUAGUUUUCGUGGCACUUUGUUUCUCAUUCUGUUAUAAAAGUUUUUGCAUUUCACCUUUAUCUUAUUCAUUCCACCUCACCCCUUAUUUUCUUUUCUAUUUAGUCUCCAUUCCUUUUCUUCAUAAUUUCUAUCUAUCUUCUAAACAAUUUCUAGUGUUCUUCAAUAUCAUCAUCAUCACAAAUUCAUCAGCUUCAACCUCAUGGCUUCGUAUUCCGAACAAGAUGGAAAGCCUCUACCGAAAUUCGGAGACUGGGAUGUAAACGAUCCCGCCUCAGCUGAAGGGUUUACUGUUAUAUUCAACAAGGCUAGAGACGAGAAGAAAAUUGCAUCUGCUUCUGGACGUUUUCCUUCGCAACGAAGAUACGACUCUCGCGGUCGCAACAACAAGAAUAAUAAAAACACAAAGACCUCAUCUAAGAAAAAGUGGUUUUGCUUUAGUGCUUAGAGAGAGAUGGAUAUGAGGAUAUGCAUAUAUAUUUUGCGAUGAUUAAUUAAUCUCAUUGAUUAUGAGAUAAUAGAUGGAUGAAGAAACAAAGAAUGAAGAAGAAUGGUUCAACUUGCUCAAAUCGUUGAUUGGUGUAGUAGCUUGUAGGUGUUCAUUUGAUGCAUCAAAUGCUACUAAAUUAUAACAUCCAAGAUUUUGUUGUAAAUAUAUAUAAAGCAAGAA